AUGGAUUACAUUUAUUCUUUUAUACCAGAGAGGAUUCGAAAUAUCCCGACCCAUAUGGACUUUGAUGGGCAGCGCCGAGCAGAGAAAUAUUUUCAGAUUAUAAUACUUCUGUUUGCAGCUGUUGGCUUCAUAUGGGGUUACAUCACCCAGAUGUUUUCUCACACGCUGUACAUUCUGUUUACUGGGGUCAUCAUUUCAUCUGUGUUGACCCUGAUUCCAUGGGGAAUGUACAGAAGAAAUCCUCUCAAAUGGCAGCCUGCCCGGGAUAAAGAUGGAAACACGGCCAGCCGGCCAGCCAUUCCUGCACCUCAGUCACAGAAUAAACCAAAAAAGAAGAAGCUCAAAGAUUAA